AUGGCAGCUGCAGUUCAGAAGAAGGCUGUUUGCUUGGGAAGAAGAGGAGCUGUAGAGUGGUGGAUGGCAUCAAAUGGUCCUGGUUUGAAUAUUCUUGUAGGAUUAUGGGUUAAGUCUGCUUCCCCAAAAAUGCAAUUUUUCUGCUGGCUGGCUUGGAGGAGGAGGGUGAAGACUUCAUCUUUUCUUAAAAGGAUUGGGGUCUUAGCUACAACUGUUAGUUCCUCUUGUGUUUUCUGCAAUGUUGUGGAGGAAACCUUGAAUCAUGUGUUACUCUUUUGUCCACUGAUCUGGGAGUGCUGGUCUGUAAUGGUAAGGUGGUGGGAUCUGGUAUGGGCUAUACCUGGUUCAGUUCAGGGGCUGCUUCAUUGGUGGUCUGGAGGUAAGUUCAAGUCAAAGGAAACCAGAAUUUGGCAGGUAAUUACAUCUGUGGUGUUCUGGUAUGUGUGGAAAUUAAAAAAUGAUUGCAAAUUCAAGGGAGCUCCACCUGAUAUUGAAGACUUAACUGAAAGAAUUAAGUUGCAUAUUGCUCUGUGGGCCAAAUGGUUAUUGAAGGUUGAUUACUCUACUCAUGAUUUUGUUUCUAACUUGCACCAGGUUAGGCUAUCUGUGCGAGGUGCUUGA